AAAAAAAACAUUUCCGACCGUGUAAAACCACAUUGACCACAACCCAUUGCGACUGACGUCGGUCCCACACCAUUGCGCAUGUCCGCGCUGGUUGUUGUCACCGGUGGUUAUGGAGAUGCGAUGGGACUACAAGCUGUCAACAUUACGGUGAUGUUCGUGUGUCCACCAGAGGGAUGCCCAGGAAGAUAGGAUUCAUUGUAGUCAACUCUUCAAGUCAUGAGGACAACUUCAGUGCCAAGGAGCUCAUGGUCCACGCACCCACAGUCAAUGGCUGGAGAUCCAGCAGGCUGUGCCCCUACACUCAACAUAUCACCCUCCAGCUGGUGGAGAGAUGCAGGGUGAGGAAACUGCAGCUGCUGGCCCAUCAGUACCUGAUCCCAGCCAAGGUGGAGUUCCACAUUGGAGACACCCUGCCUGAAACCGGCACUUCAGGGUUCCCUGGACAGCUUCGCAGACUCGGGUACGUGUCUUUGUCGGACAAUGAGAAGACGGGUUUCAAAGCUCGGGAGUUGAAGUCAGUCCACGUGGACGCCAUCGGAACAUACCUGAGAAUUACCUUCCACAGGAACCAUGUCAACCAAUACAAUCAUCACAAUCAGGUUGCUUUGGUGGCCAUUAAUGUUGUGGGAGAUUCUUUGGAUGGCAAUGCUUUUAACACUAUUCCAAGCCGAGAGCAGCUGAUCGAACACUACCUCAACAGUACCCAGCUGGAAUCCGCCUUGGACACGACCUUCAUGGGUAAAUGUGAGUCCAUCUCCCCCUUGGAUGACCUGGCCUUCGACAUGUACCAGGACCCAGAGGUCGCCCACAUCAUCAGACUCCUGGACCAGAAGAAGCAGGACAUGGUCCGGCAGGAGAAAUACGAGCAGGCCAAGAAUCUGAAGCAGGCCAUCGCAGACCUGCAAAAGGUAGGGGAGCGUUUGGCCCGUUAUGAUGUGGAGAAGCGAUGUGCAAUCGAAAAGGAAGACUAUGAUCUUGCCAAGAAGAAGAAGGAGAUGAUGGAGGAAUACAGGACGAGCGUCUACCAGCAGCUGGAAGUCCACCACCUGCUGGACAUGUCAAUAAUCACACAUGUCGCAGAUUCCUCUCCAUCUCGGGAACCUCCCUCCCUUCAGCCUUCUCCAGGUCACUCUUCAGUUCCCACAAAAUCCCUAAUUUCAACCGACAUAUUUAAGAAGGGGAAGAAAAAGGACGCUCCUCAGAAUCAACAGUUAGAUGCGGAAACUAUUGUUCCCAAGCCAAGCAACCAAUCUGACUCAACGUGUACCCCCGUUACAGUACCCCGGAUUGAUGUUAUCUGUAUGCCUUACGAUGAGAGGCCGCUUCCAGUCCAAAGGAAAGACCGGCCUGUGGAGGUGUCUCUGAGCCCCACACAGCAGCUGUCACCCCAACCUGACGCCCAAAGGACUCCGCCCAGCCCUGAGAUGAGCGGAGAGGCAGAGCCCUUGACGGAGAAGGCCCAGAGAGAAGCCAUCCUUCCAAUAGAAGUCUAUGGAGAAAGACUGGUGGCAGGGGCAUAUUCCAGAACCUGGUGCUACAGAGAGGAUGCUCUCCUGGCUGUGUACAAGAAGCUAACGGAGCUAUCACCCACCACCCCCAAGGAGGAUCUGAGAAACAUGACUAGAGCUGCAGUCUUCCUGGUCAAGAAGGCCCUCCUGGAUAAAGUGUCAUCUGUUUUCAACGCCUCCUUGAAGGUACUGCGACUGCUGCUGAGUCAGCUGAUCCCGGGUCUGGGCCGGUCUGAGGUCACCCACUGCGUAGAUCAGGCCUGGCCCAACCUGCUGGCCAGGACUGGGGACUCAGCCAGCCGCAUCCGGGGCACGGCCACUGCCUUCAUACAGGAAAUGUCUCUUUUGAAGGAUGUUCGCGCCCUGCAGGUUAUCCCCGGUGAAUUGGCGAAGCCCUUCAAGUCCAACUUCCCCUCUCGCCUGGCUCAGAGUCGGGCCGAGCUGCUCGAGAAGCUUCUCGCUGAACUGGGCACAGAGAACUCCGGCUUCACCUUGGACAAUGUCAUGAUGUUCUGUACAGCAGCUUUGGAACACAAUGCGUCAGCAGUACGAGAGCUGGCGGUGCGCAUCAUCUUGUCCAUGUACCAGCAGCACAGAGCCGCUGUUCUCCGCUUCCUUCCACCCAACUCUGCUGCUGCGCAGAAGAACUUCCUCUUCAAAACCCUCUUUGAAGGCUUCGCCAAGAUUGAUGGGAAGCUGGUGGAGACUCAGACUUUGAAGAAGGGAGGUGGUCAGCAGGAUGGACAAAAGGAGAAAGAGGAGAUCCACUCCCUUCAGGAGCAGCUGGCUGCCUUGAAAGAGAUCACAGAGAGACGGGAGGAAAGCACCAAAGAAGAAAUUCCCGAUGAAGAAGCUCCCAAAGUCGAAUCCAAAAAAGCUGUCAAAACAAAAUCAGACAGUAUUGAUGUCCAACAAUCUAUCAACUACCUGGACAACCUGUGUAUAUUCUGUGGUAAAAAGGACGAGUCCUUCACAGAGGAUGGAUUGGACCUUCAUUACUGGAAGCACUGUCCGAUGCUGAGACGCUGCGAUGAAUGUAGACAGGUAGUUGAGAUAGCCAGCCUCACAGAGCACCUGCUGGGUGAAUGUGAAAGCAGGUCCAGGUUCAGCCAGUGCCCGCGUUGCUCUGAGGCCGUGGCCCCCGAAGAUCUCACUCGACACGUCCAGGGUCCCGCCUGCAAUGCCCCCAUCUCGGGUAAAGGCUCCAACCACUGUCCUUUGUGUCAUAACAACUUCAUUCCUGGAGAGAAGGCCUGGAAGGCUCACCUCAUGGGCAGGGAGGGCUGCAAACAAAACUCACGCAGGACUGCGGUGUCCCAGAGAACCCAGCCAGCACAAGGCAGGGCUGGUGGUGGAGCCAAGAUGAAGCAUGCGUGGUCGGUAGGGGCCAGAGGCAGAGCCAUGGGCAGAGGCAGCCGGAUCCCAGCCCUGGCACCAAUGGCCAGAGGAAGUACACCAGGGAAGCACUGACACUGGAGCACCCUGGGGAGGCCCCCAGCAGCAACACACAGCCCUGUAGGAAACUACUCAAACAUUUCCUGCUCCCAUGAUAGCUUUCAUAUCUUUUGCUCUGUUUCCAGUCCUACUUAGGAUUAGGGUUAGGGUUAGUCCACCUGGAAUCACCAUCAUAAGACCUGUUAUUUUGUCUACGCGUCAUCAUGGCGUCACACACCUGUCGGGCUAGUAAACAUGUGCAGACUGCGUUCUGUUUGCCGAUAUCACCUUACAGGUUGUUUUUUUUGGGUCUAAUUUUGUUCAAACUGCUGACAGGUUGGGAGCUAACCCCAGUUGGAAAUAAUACAACUAGAAGCUGUCACUCUGGUAUUGUACUUGCUUUAAGUUUCUUGAUGACUCAUAAGAGACAGAUACAGCAACAUAUCUUAUCAUUUUGUGCCUAAUGGCAUCUCGGGGCUGACAUAACCCUGAUGACUCACUGUGACAUCUUCAGGGUUAUUCAUUUUUGAGUUAGUUAACUAACCGUUCUUCACAAGCUAUCCAAUGCCGCUAUAAAGGUAAACAUUUCAUUGUUAAAAUAGUCAAAAUGGGCACAAAAAGAACAAAAUCAGCAUUGAAUUUUAAAUUAUAUUUGGACCACAAGCGUUACUCAGUGUAGUAAUGCUACAUAUGUAGUACAUCUUGACAGGGCACAGUGAGUGUAAAUGAUACUUAAAACACGCCUCUCCGUGAAGCAGUAAUGUGAGAAGACGAGGAAUAAAAACGUUCCUCCCUUGGCAACACGUUAGAAUCCUCCCUGACAACCUGAGUGCAGCUUUACUGUCAGCUUUGUACUUACAUUUUUACUUAUUGACGUGUAUAGCGAAAGAAUAAUAUGAAAUAGCACUUUGCCAAAGGGAUGGUACUGAAUCUUCAGUGCAGGUUGAACUUGAUUUAUUAUUCCUGUUUAAUUCCUACUGACAAUCUUAAGUAGAUAGCACAAUUUCAUAUGCUGUACUAGUUGAGUAAGAGACUAAGUAGAGCUUUUAACGUAACAUAAUUAUUAAAAAGGAAAACACACAAUGGACAUGAAUGUACAGUCAAUAGUAGAAUCUGUGUAGCAGCUCUUUUUAGUGGAUUUUGGCUGAUUUGACCCUAAAACUCAACAUUUAAACAUCUUCCAUUGUACCGCUCAGUGUUAUGACGAUGGUGAUUGUAAUAUGUCUGUUAAUCCUCAGCGAAGAAGAAUUUACACAGAAACAGUCCAAGGUGUCUUUAAAAGAUUGUAUUACGAGUAGGGGAUGUUCUUCAUUAAUGUGUGGGAUUAGACUUACUGUUAAAUAAGUUAUAGGUAUAAGAAAGUUUAUUUUUGAUUUCCUAAUCCAUCACAUUGGCUUUUAUAUGUUUCUGUAUUGAGGACUUUUGCAACAGUGGAUAUUUGUGAUGUGCUUUUAUGUGCAUAGUCAUUGUUUUAUGAAUAAUUAUGGCAUGAAAUGGCUAUUUUAUUCUGCAAAGUAUCUGUAUUUGUUUAAAUAAAGCUACAUUUAGCAUAA